GAUGAAGGAAGAGGUAGUCAGGGGAGGAGGUGUUGUGACCAAGGAAUACACAGGGUAGACUCUUGGAGGCGAGCUUCCCUGCUGUGCGUGAGCGGUCGGCUGGGGGUAUGAGAACAUACGCCCUGGAACCCCAGACGCGCAGGGGGGAGACGUCGGGUUUAGUUGACGUCCACAGCUCGGUUAGUGAGGAGGACGGCGUGGAGAAGAGCAUAACCCCAGAGAGAAGGCGGGCAGGAGGCGUGAACGAGAAGACACCUGGCGGUCUUUGUAACUUCUCGAACACGAGCUUCUGCCACGCCAUUCUGCUGAGGGGAGUGAGGGAGGGUGUAAGUGUGGUGAAUACCAUGGGUGGAGAAAUAGGAAGAGAGAUGGUGAUUGAGGAAUUCACCGCCGCCAUCGGAAUGGAAGCGGCGAACGGGACGACCGAAGUGGGUGCGCGCCUGCUCGGCCCAGGCGAUGAUAAAGGCCGAUGCUUCGGCCUUCGUGCGAAGGAGGGAGACCGAGGUGUAUCGUGAGCGGUCAUCGACUAGGACGAGGAGGUAGCGGUGCCCUUGACGGGUGGGGGAGGGGUUGGGGCCCCAGAGAUCCAUGUGGACAAGAUCCAGGAGCUCUGGGGCGCAAGAAGGGUGACUUUUAUGAGAAAGCUGCUUGAGCUUGCUCUGGACACAGAU